ACAAUUUUACGAUCUGUUAUUAUUGACAAAAAUUCAGAAAAUAAAUAUGGGAAAUGUGUCUUUGUUUAUCGUUUACGCUCUGACAUUGAAUACGAAAUGGAACAAUUGUUGGAAGAAACGUAUUACGCUUUCGUUGAUGUUAAUUCAGAAUCGGAAAAAAUUCAAUCACAAAUUUCCCGACUUACGAAUUUAUUACGUAAGACAGUUUUAAUUGCAUGCUCUGAAUGGGGUGAAUUGUUUAAAACUGAGACGAAUCGAAAAUUGAAGGACGAUUUUAUUGGCGACUUUAAAGAUUUUUGCAAAUUUCUCAACAUUACCGAAAUGGAGUACAAAAUUGAUGCAAAAUUCUUCACCGAUUGGAAUUUUUAUCAGAAAUGUUUAGCGAAUCCAGAGGAACUUAAGAGUUGUAGUAAUUCUUAUGAGGUAUUGUUACAAGUUGAAGAUAUUGUAAACGAAUGGAUGAAAAUUAUAAAAAAGUCUGUUGUACAAAGUCAACAAUUAAGGAGAGAAUCGGAGAUUGCUGGACCACGGGAGGAAUAUUUCUAUUGGCGAAGAGUAUUAAUUUGCUUUUCAACAAUUACCGAAUACAUAGAGAAACAAGAAACACAACGAUUAUUAAAAUUUCUCGAAAUUACAAAAUCCAAAGUUAUUAAGAAAUGGAAUAAAUUGGAAGAUGAAGUGAUGACGAUUGAAAUUAUGGCGCGAGAUAAUGAGAAAUAUUUGGACUCAUUGGAAAAGUUCAUUAAACCUUUGUAUCAAUUAGAUCCGACGGAAAUUGGAAAUUAUUUGCCAGCCUUGAUGUAUGCGAUUCACAUGGUUUAUACAACGUCACGUUUUUUUAACACAAGACAAAUGGUCACUGCCGUGUUUGUUAAGAUAACAAAUCAAUUAAUUGUUACGUGUAAAUCCUAUUUAACCGAAAAUGGAACGUUGAAAGUUUGGCAAGACGCAAAGUCAGCAAUGAUUUCACGAAUGAAGGAUUGUAUUAAACUCUGUGAUCAGUAUUAUAAUCAUUACAAGGAAAUGAAAAAGAAAAUCAAAAGAUCACCAGAAGAAAAAUCAUUUGAAGUUUCUGAGAUGUACGUCUUUGGGAAGUUCAAUACAUUCAAGGAAAGAUUAAAUAAAAUCAUUGAUGUUUUAAACAUAACUCUUGAGUACUCAAUUAUACAUAGUUCGGCUAUUGAGGGAAUAGAUAAUUUUGCUCAAAAAUUUACAUCUUUUUUCGAAAAAAUCGCCUCGAAAACUUACGAUCCCUUGGACUAUAGAAAAUUUGCCUUUGAACACGAUUACAAGGAAUUCAAGACAAAUGUGGCUGACACUGAAGUGGAACUGAGGAAUUUUUUCUUCAAUUCUAUUUCUCAAGUUCCUACCACAACUCAGGCGCUUCAUUUCGUAGCCAGAUUCGAAAAAUUGAAAUUAAAAGUAUUGCACAUCGAUCGAAAAUAUUUGGAACUCGUUGCAUCUUAUCAGAAGGAAAUAGAAAACAUUCGUGACAGUUACAAUGAAAAUAGAUCGUCGCCCGAUACAUCUCGGAAUAUUCCUCCAAUUUCAAGUCGAAUAUUGUGGAUUAGACAACUUUUCAAACGAAUUGAGACACCGAUGGCAAUUUUCAAAUCACGUGAACGAAUAAUUAAACACGAGAAAACACAAAGAGUUAUUCGAAUGUAUAAUGUGAUAAUAAGAGUUUUUAUUCAUUAUGAAAUGAUUCAUCAUAAAGCUUGGUUCGAUUCUUCCCACGUGGUACGUUUGGUACUUGCGUCGCCUCUUCUUCUACGAAAUCCAAAAACAAACAAAUACAUUCUAAAUUAUGAUCCCUACGUUACUGAGGUAAUUCGAGAAUCAGAGCAUAUGUCAAAAUUUGGACUAGAAGUGCCGGAGUUUAUAAAAAUUGUAAAUUUGUGCAAGGAAAAUCUAUUUGGAUCCUAUGAAACGGUGAAGUAUUUGGUCCAGAGAAAUGACACUAUCAGACGCUCGAUUCCUCUAAUAUUUCUAAAUUUAAUGAAACCCUUGUUUGUGAAAUUGGAAGAUGCUUUUCAGCCGUGCUUGUCAAUAAUAACAUGGUCCUCAUUGAGAAUUGAGGAAAUUUGCGACCUAAUAGAAGUCACAUUGAAAGACGUUGAGACAUUUGUCAAAGAAGUGAAAUACAUAAAAGAAGCAAUAGUCGAUGAAAUUUUCACUAAAAUUACAGAAACGAAAUUAAUAAAACUAGAGAAAUAUCCAUUAACUGCGAGAGAAUUUUUAAGAAUAAAUUUCACAUUCAGAAAUUUAAUUACAAUCGAACUAAGAGAAAAUUCCACGAUGGCAGAAAAAUCUGUCAUUGAUAUUAUAAAUAAACUGUUGGAUUUAGUUGACGAUCCGAAUAUUUUAGAGGAGAAAUAUGAUUGGCUCGAUCCUGAUAAAGUUAAUAAACCCGUUAGUUCGUUAACUAAGCUCACUAAGGAUUUUGAAUCGGGAUUCGGUCGAGUGGAUGGAAAUGCAAAAGUCAAUUUAACACAAUUGCAUAAUGAGUGUAUUGAAUUGUUUGCGUAUUUUAAUUUUAAAUUAAUAGACGCUUUGGUGAAAUGUACAAAAAAUUCAUUGACAAUGUUGAAGAGACGAGUGCGAGCAAAUAGUCUUUUUGUGAGUGAAAAUAUUGUUGAAGGAACAGAACCGCCAUUAUUUUUGACAGAAUUUGUAUUGAAAAUACCGCAAAUUUUAUUGUCGCCAAGUGUCGAAGAAUUGCAACAAUGUUUCAGUAAUUUUAUUACAAACAUUGUUGGUAUUAGUAAAGAAAUUGUGAUGUGGGGCCAGAGAAAUUUUAGAAAUGAAGAAUUUUUUUAUGAAGACGAAAGUUACGAUGAGGAUAAUUUGAAAAAUUACUAUGAAAUUAUUUCCGAUCGUCGAGAAAUUAUACGAUCGAUGUUAAAUUUACAAGGAUCGAUAUCGAUAUUAAAAGAUGAUAUUUUCUUGCUGGCGAAGUCAUAUCAACGUUUCUCUUUCAUUUGGGCCGACGAUAAAAGCGAUCAAUUAGAAAGAUUCAUUAAUGCCGAGCCAAUUGUCGUUGAUAUUAAAAAUAAAUUUGAUGAAUUUGAAAAUCUCUUUCUCGAAAUAAAUAAUUUGCCAGAAUUCUAUAUUGUUGGUUGUAUACAAAUAAAUAUGGAUAAAUUGAAGUUUUCCUUGAUGAAGGAGGCCGAAUGUUGGAAAAUGAUUUUUGGAGAAAUUUUAUUGAGAACUUAUGAAGAAAAACUGAGAAAACUAAUUGGAUACAUAGAGGAAAAAAAUCAAGUGCUAUCGAGGGAUAUUAACGAUUUGGAAGAUGUGAGAAUUGCAAUGAAAUGUCUCGGAGAGAUUCGAAAUGAUUUUAUAUCUUUGGAUAUUGAAUUAAUUGCAAUAGAAGAAACUUACGCUUUAAUGUCCAAAUAUAACAUUAGUUUUACACAAGAGGAACAAAAUGCAGUUGAUAAUCUUCGUUAUGACUUUACAGAUUUACUUUCAACGGCGAAGAAAGUUCAACAAAUAAUCUGCGAAAUGCAAGACCCAUUAAAGAGAGAAUUAACUCACGGAGUGACAAUUUUCAAGAAAGACGUGAUAAAUUUUGAUUCUGAUUUUGAGAGAAUUGGACCAAUGGUUGAGGGAUUGCCAGCAAAAGAAGCCAGUGACAGAAUGAUAGUGUUUCAAUCGCGUUUCGAGGAAUUGUGGGAGAGAUUUGAAACUUAUAACAGUGGCGAAAUUUUAUUUGGCAUACAGCAAACGGAAUAUUCAGCAUUGGAAAAAAGAAAACGAGAAUUAACUCUUUUACAGAAAUUGUACAAUUUAUAUUUACAUGUGAAUCGUGCAGUCGACGGUUACUAUGAGAUUCCUUGGUCUGAAAUUGAUAUCGAUGUUAUUAUCGCCGAACUUACUGAUUUCCAAAAUAGGUGUCGAAUGUUACCAAAGGCAAUGAGAGAUUGGCCGGCUUAUAACGAUUUGAAAAAGAAAAUUGACGAUUUCAAUGAAACUUGUCCUUUGCUGGAAAUGAUGGCUAAUAAGGCAAUGAAAGAUCGACAUUGGGAAAGAAUGUCGAAACUUUGCAAUUAUACGUUUAAUAUUGAAUCGGAGACUUUUAUUUUGGCUGAUGUUAUGAAGGCUCCUUUAUUGAAAUUCAAGGACGAUAUAGAGGAUAUUUGCAUAAGCUCCGUAAAAGAAAAGGACAUUGACAGUAAACUAAAACAAGUGAUUGCUGAUUGGAGUAUUGUUGAUUUGCAAUUUUCGACAUUUAAACAAAGAGGCGAAUUACUUCUCAAAGGAACUGAAACUGCAGAAAUUAUUUCCCAACUGGAAGAUAGUUUAAUGAUAAUAAGUUCUCUUAUCGCAAAUCGAUACAAUAUGCAUUUUAAAAAAGAAAUUCAAUUGUGGCAGAAUAAAUUGACUAAUACUUCUGAAAUCUUAUCGAAGUGGUUGAGUGUACAGAGUUUGUGGGCUUAUUUGGAAGCUGUUUUCAUUGGUGGCGAUAUCUCGAAACAAUUACCUGAAGAAGCGAAGAGAUUUAAUGAUAUUGAUAAAUCUUGGGUGAAAUUAAUGCAACAUGCGCACGAUAAAUUAAAUGCCGUUGAAACUUGUUCCGGUGAUGAAACAAUGUCAGUUAUGUUAUCAUUUCUUAUGGAGCAACUGGAAUCUUGUCAAAAAUCACUUAGCGGAUAUUUGGAGACAAAACGAGUCAUCUUUCCGAGAUUUUGCUUCAUAUCCGAUCCAAGUUUAUUGGAAAUCUUGGGACAAGCGGCUGAUUCGCAUACGAUUCAAAAAUAUCUUGACGGCUUUUUCGAUAAUAUUGGUAAAUUGGAUUUCGACGAGAAGGAAUACGAUAAAAUAGUAAAUAUGUAUUCUCGAGAGGGUGAGAAAAUUGUUCUCGAGAAAGACGUUUAUUGCACAGGUGGUGUUGAAAAUUGGUUGAAUUCUUUAUUGCAAGUUCAUCGAUUUUCCGUGGGAUCUGUAAUUUCACAAGGUCUUCAAACAUUAAAUUUACCGGAAACUGAUAUUAUGACAUUAAUCGACGAGUCUGUUUUACAGGUCGGUCUUUUGUCACUGCAAGUUUUGUGGACACGUGAUUCUGAAGUUGCUUUAGUUUCCUCAAAACGUGACAAAAAUAUAAUGAAAAAAACAAAUCAGUGGUUCCUGGAUUUGUUAAAUAGUCUCAUUGAAGUGACAGUGAAGGAUUUAAAUAAAUAUUCAAGAGCUAAAUACGAAGCUCUUAUAACAAUUCACGUUCAUCAGAGGGACAUUUUCGAUGAACUCUUUCGUAACAGAAUAAGAAAUAAACAGGAUUUUGAAUGGUUGAAGCAGGCUCGUUUCUACUACGAUGAAGAUUCAGAAGAAGUACCUAUAGGAAUCACGAAUGUUGAUUUUACUUAUCAAAAUGAAUUUCUCGGUUGUACGGAUCGCCUCGCAAUUACACCAUUGACUGACAGAUGUUACAUAACACUAGCCCAGGCAAUUGGCAUGAAUUUCGGAGGGGCACCCGCAGGUCCUGCGGGCACAGGAAAAACGGAAACAACAAAAGAUAUGGCGAAAGCUUUGGGAAAAUAUUGUGUUGUUUUUAAUUGCUCUGAUCAAAUGGAUUUUCGUGGUCUUGGGAGAAUUUUUAAGGGAUUAGCUCAAGCUGGCGCUUGGGGAUGUUUCGAUGAAUUUAAUCGAAUUGAUUUGCCAGUUCUGUCAGUGGCUGCUCAACAAAUAGCAAUUAUUUUAAAUGCGAAGCGAGGAAAGAGAUCUUCAUUUUUAUUUAGCGAUGGAGAAACUUAUUCACUGGACUAUGAAUUGGGAUUAUUUAUAACAAUGAAUCCGGGAUAUGCUGGUCGUCAGGAAUUGCCGGAGAAUUUAAAAAUACAAUUCAGAAGUGUCGCUAUGAUGGUUCCUGAUAGACAAAUAAUUAUGAGGGUAAAAAUGGCCGCCUGUGGAUUUAAGGAGAAUAUUGUUCUCUCGGGAAAAUUCUUUACACUCUAUAAACUUUGCGAAGAGCAAUUAAGUAAACAAGUGCAUUAUGAUUUUGGUUUGAGAAAUAUUCUGUCAUGUUUAAGAACAAUGGGCGCUCAAAAGAGAGCACAUCCGGGCGAAUCUGAGGAAACAACAUUAAUGAGAGUGUUAAGAGACAUGAAUUUGUCUAAAUUAGUAGACGAGGAUGAGCCAUUGUUUCUUUCUCUUAUCGAGGAUAUGUUUCCGGGAAUAAAAUUGACAGUGCAGACCUAUAAAGAUUUGCAGAGAGCAAUUGCGAAUGCUACCGCAGAACUUGGCAUUGUCAAUCAUCCCGAAUGGAAUUUGAAAAUUAUCCAACUGUACGAAACGUCGCUUGUUCGUCACGGUUUAAUGGUUUUGGGUCCAACAGGAUCAGGAAAAACUCGUUGCAUGUGGACCCUAAUGAAGGCCUUAACGGAAUUGGGAAUUCCACACAAAGAAGUUAGAAUGAAUCCAAAGGCAAUAACGGCACCUCAAAUGUUUGGCAAAUUGGACGUAGCCACAAAUGAUUGGACAGAUGGAAUUUUUUCCACUUUAUGGAGGAGAUCGACACAAUUGAAGAAAAAUGAAAAUCUAUGGAUUGUUUUGGACGGUCCAGUGGAUGCUGUGUGGAUUGAAAAUUUAAAUUCAGUACUGGAUGACAAUAAGACAUUGACAUUAGCCAAUGGUGAUCGGAUUAUAAUGGCUUCUAAUAGUAAACUUGUCUUUGAACCCGAUAACGUUGAUAAUGCGUCGCCAGCAACUAUUUCCAGAAUGGGAAUGGUGUUUGUUAGUGCUUCUGUAUUAAAGUGGCCGCCUAUUCUUGAGGCUUGGUUGAGAAAACGACCAAAUCAAGCGGAAUUUUUACGAUCGUUGUUCAAUAAAAUAUACGAAGAUGCACAUAUGUUUGUUCAAACUAAAUUGGUGACAAAAAUGAAUAUUUUAGAGGCUCUCUACAUUCGGCAGUGUUUGGAUUUAAUAGAAGGACUUCUAACAUUAAAUGAUGAAUCUACACAAUUAUUCGGCGAUUCGCAUUUGGAAAAAAUUUUCUUAUUCUCCCUAAUGUGGAGUUUGGGUUCUGUUCUUGAACUCGACAGUCGUGCGGCUUUUCAAGAAUUUGUCCUCUCACAUACCUCAAAAUGCAAUUGGCCAGAGUGCAAGGACGAUGAAACUAUUUUUGAAUUUCUCGUGAGCGAUGAAGGAAAAUGGAUGCACUGGAAUCAGAAAGUUCCAGAGUUUCAGUAUCCCAUUGAGGAAGUUUUACCGUAUCAUUCAAUUUUAGUUCCAAAUGUGGAUAACACACGAACUUCAUUUUUAAUGCACGUUAUUGCAAAGCAGAAGAAAGCUGUUCUCUUAAUUGGUGAACAAGGAACAGCAAAAACUGUAAUGGUGAAAAGUUAUUUGUCCAAAUUCGACGCCGAAUAUCAUUUACAUAAAUCCUUUAAUUUUUCCUCUGCGUCAACUCCGAAUAUGAUCCAGCGAAUUUUCGAAAGUUACGUGGAGAAGCGAGUCGGAAAUACUUAUGGCCCUCCAGGAGGACGAAGAAUGACAGUUUUUAUAGACGAUAUAAAUAUGCCAAUUGUUAAUGAAUGGGGUGAUCAGGUGACAAAUGAAAUUGUUCGCCAAUUAAUGGAAUAUGGAGGUUUUUAUUCGCUCGACAAACCUGGCGAUUUCUCCACUUUACAAGAUAUGUUGCUAAUGGCUGCAAUGAUUCAUCCCGGCGGGGGACGGAAUGACAUUCCUCCACGAUUAAAAAGACAAUUUAAUAUUUUUAAUUGUACUUUACCUUCAAACAAAUCAAUGGACACGAUUUUCAGUACCAUUGGACAGGGCUAUUUCAAUCUUCAUAGAUUUCCAGAAAAAAUAGUCAAUUUCAUAUCGAAAUUAAUUCCAAUGACACGAAUUUUAUGGCAAAGAACAAAAGUGAAAAUGCUUCCAACACCAGCAAAGUUUCACUAUGUUUUUAAUUUGAGAGAUUUAUCGCGUAUUUGGGAGGGAAUUCUUCGAAUUGAGAGAGAUGAAUGUUCCUCCAUCGAGAUGCUAUUGAAACUUUGGGAGCAUGAAUGUACAAGAGUAAUUGCAGACAGAUUUAUUGACGAAACUGAUAAAUCGUGGUUUAAAAGAACAUUACAAAAAACUGCCGAGGAAUGUUUGAAUUACGAUUUUCGACAUUAUUCUCCAAAUGAAACGUAUUUUGUCAAUUUUUUGCGAGAUCCUCCAGAACCAACGGGAGAUGAACCGGAAGAUUUUGUUCUUGUUGCUCCGAAAAUUUAUGAAGAAAUUCCAAGUUUGGAAAUAGUGACCGAAAGAGUUCGUCAAUUUAUGGAACAAUUUAACGAGUGUAUUCGAGGACUGCGAUUGGAUUUGGUCUUUUUUCAUGACGCUUUGGUUCAUUUAAUUCGUAUAUCGCGAAUUUUCGGCGUUCCUCGAGGAAAUGCACUUCUUGUUGGAAUCGGCGGUUCCGGAAAACAGAGUCUCACUCGACUUGCUUCCUUCAUUGCUGGUUUGGACUUCUUUCAAAUUGUUCUGACCAGGAGUUACAAUAUCGGAAGUUUGCUGGAAGACUUGAGAAAAUUGUACCGAAUGGCAGGAAUUGGACCGCGAGGUGCAACUUUUAUUUUCACGGAUAACGAAAUAAAGGACGAAGGCUUUCUUGAAUAUUUAAAUAAUGUUUUGAGCGUGGGUGAAAUAGCGAAUCUUUUCCCAAAAGACGAACUUGACGAACUAUUAACGAGCGUAAUUCCUCUAAUGAAAAAAGAACAGCCAAGAAGACCUCCAACUCCGGACAAUUUAUACGAAUAUUUUAUAUCGAGAGCGAGAAAUAAUUUACACAUUGCUCUUUGCUUCUCUCCGGUUGGCGAAAAGUUUAGAUCUCGAUCGUUAAAAUUUCCUGGACUCAUAUCGGGUUGUACGAUGAAUUAUUUUUCAAGGUGGCCAAAAGACGCGUUAUGUGCGGUCAGUAAUCAUUUUUUGAAAAAUUACAAUUUCGUCUGUACACCGGAAAUAAAGGAGGAAAUUAUUCAAGUGACGGGCGAGGUUCAGGAAUAUGUGAUUGACGCUUGUACGGAAUAUUUCAACAGAUUCCGUAGGCAAACAUACGUGACACCAAAGUCAUUUUUGUCGUUCAUUAACGGAUAUAAAAAUGUUUAUAAACAACGUCUCGACAAUAUAAAUACUCUCGCUUUUCGAAUGAGCAAUGGUCUUAGUAAAUUAGUCGAUGCAGCGAUUCAAGUCGAUGAAUUGCGUAAAGUACUCGAGAAAAAUCAAGCCGAAAUUGCCGUGAAAAAUAUCCAAGUUGAAGCUAUACUUGUGACUGUGAACGAGAAAAAGGGAGACGCAGAAGCCGUGAAAUCUCGAGUGCAGAGUACGAAAGAAGAAGCUGAAGCUAUACUGAAAAUUAUUUCUAAAGAUAAAUCAGUGGCUGAGAAAAAAUUAAAAGCCGCCGAGCCAGCUUUACUCGAAGCUGAGGCAGCUCUACAAACUAUAAAAGCAACUGACAUUGCCACAGUUCGAAAACUAGCAAAACCACCUUAUUUGAUCACACUUAUCAUGGACUGUGUUGUAAUUUUAUUCGGUCGAAAAUUAGAUCCCGUGAAAUUAGAUAUGGAGAAACAAUUUUUGAUGCCAUCCUGGGGCGAAGCUUUAAAGGUUUUAGCUGAUACAAGAUUUCUGUACCAUCUGCAAAAUUUUCCCAAAGACAAUAUUAAUGGAGAAACUGUUGAUUUGAUGAUACCGUAUUUAAAUUAUCCUUUAUACACAUACGAGGCGGCAAAAACAGCUUGCGGAAAUGUUGCUGGCUUAAUUUCCUGGACAAUUGCAAUGGUUAAAUUUUAUGGAAUAAAUAAGGAUGUUUUACCUUUGAAGGCUAAUUUAGCGGUUCAACAAGGAAAGCACGAUAAGGCUAAUCAAAAUUUACAACAAGCGGAAGCUUUACUCAAAGAAAAAGAUGGAGAAUUGAAAACGGUUAAGAAGGAAUUUGAUGCAGUUAUGGCUGAACGUCAGAAAGUAGUCGAUUUGGCGGACGCGUGUCAAGCAAAAAUGAACGCUGCAACGGCAAUGAUUGAUGGACUUGCUGGCGAAAGAGUUCGAUGGACCGAUCAAUUAGCAAUGUUUAAAUCCGAAACAGAAAGACUCGUGGGCGAUGUUUUAUUACUCACUGGAUUUUUAUCAUAUUGCGGUCCAUUUAAUCAGGAAUUUCGUAUACUUCUACAAAAAAAAUGGUUCGAUCUUGUUCAGGAUCGUAAAAUUCCAGUUUCCGCCUCUAUUAGCGUUGUCAAUACUUUAACUGACGCAGCAACUACUGGAGAAUGGAAUCUUCAGGGAUUGCCCAAUGAUGAACUGUCGAUUCAGAAUGGAAUAAUUGUAACGAAAGCUUCGAGAUAUCCUCUAUUAAUUGAUCCUCAAUUGCAAGGAAAGACUUGGAUUAAAAAUAAGGAAAGGGACUUUGAUCUGCAAGUUACUUUCCUAACGCACAAGUAUUUUAGAAAUCAUUUGGAAGAUUGCGUUUCUCUAGGUCGUCCACUUUUAAUCGAAGAUGUUGAAGAAGAAUUGGACCCCGUUUUGGAUAAUUUAUUGGAAAAGAAUUUUAUAAAAAUAGGAACAACACUGAAGGUAAAAUUAGGUGAUAAAGAAGUUGACGUUCAUGAUGAUUUUCGUUUGUACAUUACAACUAAAUUGCCGAAUCCUUCAUAUCCGCCGGAAGUAUUUGCGCGCACUUCCAUAAUCGACUUCACUGUAACAAUGAAGGGUCUGGAAGAUCAGUUACUGGGUAGAGUUAUUUUAACUGAAAAGCAGGAAUUGGAAACUGAACGAACUCAACUAAUUACUGAUGUAACGGCGAAUAAGAGGAAAAUCAAGGAAUUGGAAGCAAAUUUACUUCAUAAAUUAACAACCGUUCAGGGACCAUUAAUAGAUGACGUAGAACUGAUGGCAGUUUUGAAUAAUACAAGAACAACGGCCAAUGAAGUGAAUGAAAAAUUGACGAUAGCAAAUGAAACCGAAUUGAAAAUUAAUGCAGCACGAGAAGAAUUUAGACCAGUUGCGACUAGAGGAAGUGUUCUCUAUUUUCUAAUCUGCGACAUGGCUCAAGUUAAUGUCAUGUAUCAAACGUCACUCGCUCAAUUUUUGGAGCGCUUCGAUCUUUCUCUCGACAGAUCAGAAAAAAGUCCGGUGAAUAUGAAGAGAAUUGGCUACAUUAUUGAAUAUUUAACAUUUGAAAUAUUUAAAUACAAAUCACGUGGAUUGUAUGAAAAUCAUAAAUACAUGUUCAGUGUGUUGAUGACAUUGAAAAUUGAUCUACAAAGAGGCGCAAUAACUCACGAGGAAUUUCAGUAUUUCAUUAAAGGAGGAGCGGCUCUCGAUUUAAAUUCAGUAACACGCAAACCCUACAAAUGGAUCACCGACAUGACUUGGUUGAAUUUAGUCGCUCUUUCGUCUGUCAAAAAUUUUCAAAAUAUUGUCUCUCAAGUUUAUGCGUCAGAAAAAAAUUGGAAAAACUGGUUCAGUAAGGAAUCGCCCGAGGAGGAAGUUAUUCCUGAUGGCUACAAUAGUUACGAUACGUUUCGUCGUCUUUUAAUAAUCAGAGCUUGGUGUAUGGACAGAACACUUUCGCAAUCGCGUAAAUAUAUUGCCAGUUCUUUGGGUGUAAAAUAUGCAGAACCAGUAUUAACUUUAUUAGAUGUUAUGCAUUCAGAAUCGAGACCAAACACGCCGAUGAUUUGUUUUUUGAGUAUGGGAUCGGAUCCCACACCAAGUAUUGAACAGCUUGCGAAAAAAAUGGAGAUUCGUUGUAAAAGUAUUUCAAUGGGACAGGGACAGGAAAUUCAUGCGAGAAAAUUAUUAAAUUCUGCAAAAACUGAAGGCUUUUGGGCGCUCUGUCAAAAUUGUCACUUGGGCCUCGAGUAUAUGGUGGAAUUGGUGGACUUUAUUUUAGAAAUGGAUUCACCACAUCCCGAUUUUCGUAUUUGGAUAACUACUGAGCCACAUAAAGAUUUUCCAAUUUCUCUACUGCAAAUGUCGAUUAAAUUCACUUAUGAGCCACCGCAAGGAAUAAGAGCGGGUUUACUCGCGACAUACAGUGGAAUGAAUCAGGAGAUGUUGGACCAGUGUGAUUCCUCCCAAUACAUACCGUUAGUGUAUGUUGUUUCCUUUUUGCACACGGUUUUGCAAGAACGACGCAAAUUUGGUCCUCUGGGUUGGAAUAUUCCUUAUGAAUUUAAUUCCGCCGAUUGGCUCGCUUCCUGUAUGUUUAUGAAUAAUCAUUUAAAUGAUUUGGAUAAUACAGGAGACAUUAGUUGGUCAACUGUCAGGUACAUGAUUGGUGAAGUUCAGUACGGAGGUCGUGUAACUGACGACUAUGAUAAACGUCUUUUGAAUACUUUUGCAAAAGUUUGGUUCACGUCCACAAUAUUUUCAGAGGCAUUUAAUUUUUAUAAAGGCUAUACUGUUCUUAAUUAUAAAUUAGUCAGUGAAUAUAUAAAAGCCAUAGAUACUAUGGCUAGCAUCGAUCCACCACAAGCUUAUGGUCUUCAUCCAAAUGCGGACAUUACUUAUCAAAGUAAUACGACGCAGAAUGUUUUGGAUACAAUAAUAUCGGUGCAACCUAAGGAAGCAGGAAUUGGUGGAGGUGAAUCGCGGGAGGAUUCAGUGGCAAGGCAGGCGAAUGAAAUGUUGUCAAAAUUGCCACCGGCUUAUGAUCCAUUUGAAGUGAAAAAUAGAUUGCAAAUUAUGGGCGCAACAAGCUCGAUGAAUAUUUUCCUGAAACAGGAAAUAGAUCGAAUACAAAUUGUCAUCAAAUUAGUUCGAGUAACACUGAAAGAUUUACUAUUGGCCAUCGAGGGAGUUAUAAUAAUGAAUGAGGAAUUGAGAGAUGCGUUAGAUAAUAUUUACGAUGCAAGAAUACCCAAAGUGUGGAAGUCUCGCUCAUGGGAAUCAAGUACACUUGGAUUUUGGUUUACGGAACUUCUCGAAAGAAAUCGUCAAUUUUCCUCUUGGUUAUUUGGACGAAGACCGCCGAAAUUUUGGAUGACUGGAUUUUUCAAUCCUCAAGGUUUUUUAACAGCAAUGAAACAGGAAGUAACAAGGGCCCAUAAAGGAUGGGCUCUUGAUAAUGUCACACUUCACAAUGAAGUGACGAAACACACCGCUGAAGAAGUGAGAACUUCGCCAAAUGAAGGUGUUUUUGUCUACGGAUUGUAUUUGGACGGUGCUGGAUGGGAUUUGAAAAAUAAUCGCCUACGUGAAUCGUUAAACAAAGUCCUGUACGUGAUGAUGCCUGUGAUACACAUCUUCGCGCUCUACAAUAAUCCAGAUAAAAAUCCAAAACUUUACCAGUGUCCAGUUUACAAGAAACCAAUGAGAACUUAUAAUUUGCUAAUAACGCCGCUAUGGCUAGAAACAAUAAAACCUCCCGAAUAUUGGAUUUUACGUGGAGUUGCAUUGCUCUGUGACACGAAAUAAUUCACGUAUUUACAAUUUUCUCAAAAUUUAUUAACAACAUUUUUUUUUAAAUUUAAAAAAUUAAAAGAACAAUUUUUUCGGAGUAUUUAAAAA